AUGCAUUCACGCGGCCGCCAGUGGAAUGCCUACGAGACGUUUCUCCUGCAGAAUGCAUCGCAGAUCACAUCCCUAGAAUCGUCUCUUCGAAGCAUCACCUACUUUUUGCCAGGACGCUUCAAAGAUGCUGAACUAGCUGGCGAGGCCAUCUAUGCACUCGUGCACCUGCUUAGCCUGUACCAUGACUCGGUCCUAUUCCGGAUCGUGUACUCACAUGGCACACGCGAUGCAAAAGUCGCCAACGUGCUUGCAGGAGCAAAUAUCCCCAAGCUGUCCCUUCAUGCACGAUACACGUCGUAUUGGUGCACGGUGAGCAAGCGCUACGGCUAUGCAGCAAGGGCGCUUAUGCUCAUUGAGGCGACGCAGCUGCUCGCCGAAAUGGUCGCACGUCGUAAACUCAACAAGCAGCGUGCAUGGGAUGUCGUGAUUGCCAUCGAGGUCGUCAAGGCUUUCUUGCGCUUCACACUCGUCCGCACCACUCAAGAUCGUCCCGUCAUAUCGCCACCACUACCCCAGCGUGAAUUUGACCCUGCGCAGCUCGAGCGAAACCCCGCGGCUUUGCCAAUGACCUGGCGUGGCGAGCGAACAGGCUGUAUCAGGCGCUCAUUGGCAUCGAUGGCCGGUCGCGAUGCGUACGAGCAGCUCCUGUCGUUCACGCUCACUGAACAGGAUGUGUCUGCACCGCCGCUGCUAGUGCGCGCGUUCCAGAACAACAUGGCGCGCUUUGCUGAAUCAGUUUGGAUCCUACGCCCAUGCAUCUACGUGAUCCUGCUCCGAAUCUAUGGCGCACGCGAUCCGCGGCCCUUUACCACGUCGUUCGUGGUAGAACUGCUGGCACGCACACUGAGAACCAAUGCGCUAGUGCCACGCGGCAAGAGCGCUUCCAACUUGCCGCCGCCACCCACGACAUCCAUCUCCCUGUGGCUCUCAGUCCUGGGCAUCGAAAACUCGUUCCUCGACUGGCUCGCUAGCUCUUUGUCAGUCCAACCCCGCCACCCCUCCCUCAAGCCCGUGAGUGCCGUCGAGGGUGAGGAGUGGACUGCUCGUAAGCGCUCUCUUUGGUGGUACCUGCUCCGCGGCCCCGUCUGGUACCGUUGGACACGGCCAAAAAUUGCCCACUUCGUCACACGCACCGAACACCGCCGCAUCAUUGGUUUCUUUGGCUCCAUCGCCAAGGAAUACCUGCCUCUGAUUGACGAAUACUAUUACUACGCGGCGGUCUAA